CCUCCCUCCCUCCGUCUCCUGGCGACGCCGGGACGCGGCGGCAGCGCCGGUGCCGGUGCCGGGGCAGCGCUGCCAUGAGCGCCCCGCAGCCCCGUAUUCUUGAAACCUAUAACAGUCUUACAGACAAACACCUGGUUGGAUAUUUCAGCAAUGCCAGGAUAAGACGACAUCUUCAGAAAUCAGGACUGAUCUCAAGGAGUGGAAGAAUAAUACCUGAGAAGGAAUACCGUCUCAAUGCCCUAAGGAGGAGCCACCAGAGACACGUCCAGGAGUGCUUGGCUGAUGCCAUAUAUCAAAAGGUCCUUGACAUGGAGCAUCAUCAUCAGCUGGGGCUGAAAAAGAGACUUGAUUAUUCUGUGAGGAAAGAGAUGAUGCAGCCAGUCAAGAUGGAGCAAUCAAUGGGAGAAGUUGUCCAUAUGUACUCCCCACACCCACCAAUCGCUCCCAGGAACCACCACGCGCUCUGUCCUCUGGUGUCUGGAGAACGAAGUGGUCGCUCACAAGGGAGGGCACCUAGAUUUGGAGUUGAUUAUGAUGGUGGACGUUGUUCUCUUUAUCGCCGAACCAAGGAGCCUGCCUGCUGUAAGGUGAGUUCCUUGCGACCAAAUACAGCUCCAGGAAAUGUACAGCAGCCCCCUCGCCUCCAGCCCCUUCUUGGCUGGGCUGCAGCAGGGUCUGUAUCAAAGGCUUCCAAACAGAAGUGCCAUGCACUGGAACAUUAUCAGCAGUUUGCCUGUGGGGGGGAGAGCAGUGAGUUAACGUUUAGGAACCCAAUGGACUACAUGGCUGGCGUGUCACCCUACCAGCCCCCUGCCAGCAAGCGCCGUCGUCGUCGUGUGGUGCCAGUGCCACCGCCCCGCCCGCACGUAGGGGACAGGUGCAUCCCUGGGAUCAGACGUGGGCUGCCCGUAGAGAGAUGGUUUCACUCCACCACUGGAUUCAAUGAGCAGUUUUUGAUCAAUAAUACCAAAGGGUUCCCCAAGUCCCCAUUGUGCAGCAACGCCUUGGUCACCAUGAUCUACCUAGGAAAGAGUAAGCAUGUGUCUCUCCGUGAUUACAAGGAUGAAAUCAAAGUCUAUCAGCAAUACUGUGGAACAGAAAACAUUUGUGUCUAUAAAGGCGACCUGUUGGAAGGAGAUACCUUCCAGUUCAUCUCUAAGAGGUACCUCGGUUACCCAUUCAGCCUCACCUUUUAUCUCAACGGGCUCCAAGUGGACAGGCUGAGCUGCUGCUGUGAGUACAGAGGCUUUCAGUGUAAGAGGCCUGCCCGGCUGCGGCGCAAAAACACCUACUUCAGGGUGCUCCAUGUGGCAGGAGCACCUCCUUGCUACAGGUGCUUUCUUGCGAUGGGCCUGGACAAAAAGCUGUUCCCUCCCAAGAGGAAGAUUAAGUACUAUACGAGGUCACACAUGUGUGGCUGUUCUCCUAACUGCACGCACAGCGAGCCCUGUGACAGCAGCAUGGUGCAGAAAUCAAUUGAAGGCUCAGUGUCACUCACCAUACCGAGCCAGGAAGAAAGUGUGCAAACUAUUGACGAAACACUGGAGUCUGAAGAGGAGUCCAGCGAAGAAGAUGAUGAUGAUGAUGAUGAAGAAGAAGAUGAAGAAGAAGAAGAAGAAAUGGCAGACCAAUCUUAUGAGGAGACCGAAGCCACCACCACUCAGGAAAACACCAGUGAAAGUGAAUAUGAUGAAGAUUUUGAAGCAGAUGAAGAAGUUAAUGAAGAGGGACAGACUGGUCAUCAAAUGAAUGGAAUGACAGAGUCAUCCUCAGAUGAUAAAAACCAUAAUUUAGACUAUGAAAAGGAGACUGAAAGCUCAUCUCAGAAGGCACUGCAGGCCUCUGGCUGUGAGAAAGGUGAAAGUGGCAGAUAUUCUGGUGACAGGGACUCUGAACAUGAUGUACCAGAGAGGAGGCCUGCAGACUCUUUCUCAUCCAUGAGCACUCAGUGCAGCACUGAGACUGACUCUCAUGCUGAAAUGAAGGCAGACAAUGUGAAGUGCAAAGAGGACUACAAUAUCAAAAGUACAUCUGAUAGUGCAGCACAUGCACACUAUGGAAAUGAGAAUGGGGAGAAGAAACUGCUCAGAGUGGAGGAAAAUCAGGAGAAUUCUUCACUGGAAAAGAAAGGAAUAGAUGAAGCAGAAAAGACAAAACCAGAAGAUCUAACAGCAAGGGAAGAUACUAGAAUUUUUCAUGAAAACAUAAUGGCAAUGCAGCAUGAAAACCCUGAGGUUAAUGGGGAAUUCAAACACACUGGGUCAGGAGAAAGUAACAUUAAUGAGGAGGAGAAAUAUCCUUCCGUGCCUUGGGAUAGCAGAGUACUGAACAAUGAGGAUGGCAACGAAGACUCUCCUUGGUGUGAGGAAGGAGGUGUUUUUGAAGAUUGCAAACCAGUCCAGGAGGAGAUAGCAAAAGCAACUGGAAAUGAUCAUCCUGUGAAUUCUGACCCUGAGCCUGGUGAUUUGUGUGCCAGUGAGGAAGAAAAGAACACAGCAAACACAGAGCAUGCUGCCAGUGAAGCAGCAGAUGGAGGUUUCCUGGCCGAAGGGAGGAGCAGCCCUGACGUGCAGGAGGCAGCAGCACAGGCGGCACCCGCAGGGGCGGCGGAUUCGCUGCCCCGGGCAGGCACGGGGGCUGCGCUGCAGGAAUCCGCACCGCAGGAAGGCGCCGUGGCAGAGGAACAUCCCCGGGGACAGGGAGCAGGGGAGGCAGGGCAGCUGGGCACAGAGGUGCCACCUGGGGAGCAGGAGGUGCUGCUGGAGGGGAUGGAGAGAGAGGUGGCACUGGGAACAGCUGGGGGAGAGGGGCCAGCCGGGGCACUGCCAGCACGGGAGGCAGACACAGCCGUGCCCCGGGGGCAGGAGGGGGCUGGGGGCACCGGUGAGGAGGAGGAGGAGGCUGCAGAGGAAGGCCCCAGAGGAGCAGCAGGGCCCCCAGCAGAGGAGGAGGUGGGUGAGGCGGUGUCCGGGGCAGGGGAGACCCUGGGGCAGGGAGGGUCUGCAGGGAAGGACACGAUGGUGGGUGCUGUGUCAGAGGGAGAGGAGCCUGCGGAGGAUGCUGAUGUGGCAGCAGAUGGGAAGGCCAGAGCUGUGGGCCCUGAAGGAGAAAAGGUUGGUGAAGAAGAGUUUUCUGAAGGGGAGGAGGCUAUGGGGAAGCCCGGGGCUCUCUGGGAAGCACUAGGGGAUGUGGAAACAGGAGAAGCAAUGUCUGGAGGGGAAGGGUUUGUAAAGCCAAGUCAGUUUUCCCAGCUGAAAGUGUCAGGGGAAGAGUGUAUGGAGAUGGGGAAAGCUGUCCCAGGAGCUGCAGCAGCGUUUGAGAGUGCUCAGGCUCUCCAGAGAGAGGAGAACACGGUGGAAGAGUCUGUGGAGCCUGACAAGGGUCCUGUACUGGAAGUGGCACCUGGGUUAGGGGCACUGGGCGGUGCUCGGGGGGAUCCUGUCACUGAAGGGUCACAGGAGGAGAGGCUGGCAGUGCAGGAGGAGGAGGGUGCAGCAGAAGCACUUGGGAGUGGAAACCCAUCUGAGGGCAGCAAGGCAGAGACAGAGAGAGCAGUGGAAGGAGAACCCGAAGGAGAGGUGGUGGGAGGGUCUGCAGGGGCGGCCGGAGCGGGCUCGGGGGAUGAAGAGGAGGGCGCAGAUGGAGCAGCAGGUUCAAAGGAGCCGGCAGCUGGGACGGAGGGGUGGCUGAGGUGUGGGCAAGUGAGAGGGGAGGGGAGGUGUCCCGGGGAGGGGGUGCUGGGCGAGGCGGCGCCGGGGCUGUGCGGGACCCGCGCCGGGGAGCCCGGGCUGGUGGCCAUCGCUGUGCUGGGCGGCCGGGCCGGCCGAGGAGCCCUGGCCGGGGGCCCGGCAGAGGCUGGGGCUGGCGGGGCGGGCACGGGGGCGAUGGCACAGGAGGGCGUGAUAGGAGCAGUGCUGGGGACACAGGGCGGGACAGCGCCGGCAGGGCCAGAGGAGGCGGCGGCCGGGGAAGGGCUGGCCGGGGAAGGGCUGGCCGGGGAAGGGCUGGCCGGGGAAGGGCCGGCCGGGGCACCUGGGGCUGGCGGGGCAGCGGGCGGGGGCGAGGGCCGGCAGCGGGGCGAGGACGGGCGGCAGGAGGAGGGCAUGGAGCAGGCAGCGCUGAAAGCCGAGGGGGAGCAGCCCUGUGGAGAUGCGGUGGCGGGUGUCUCGGCGAGGGCAGGGGCCGCUGCUGGGGAGCAGGGGCAGCACAGCCCGGUCGGAGCGAGCCCAGCUGUCCCGGCAGCCGCCGACGCGGGCGAGAGGAGCCGCAGUUCCCGGCAGGAUAGUGAAAACCCAGACGCACUCAUCAUGUCCUCAGAACAGGAUGGGGAAGAAACUCUGCUCUGAGCUUUUUCUGCAGCCCCUCAGUGCUGUGUCCUGUAGCAUGCGCUCAGCUGGCCGUGGGUUUGUGCCGGCUGGGAUGUCACUCCUCUCUUCACUCUGUGGGUAACACAGCCACCUGUCACGUUUCACUGGAGCAGCUCCUCAGCAUGCAGCAGACAACUGCAACGAGCUUGUGUUUGCCAGCCCAGGAAACAGCACUCCUUUGGAAGGAUGAAGACAGUAAUCACAAGGAUUGUUCCACAGCUGUCUGCCUUGUUUUUCUUGAAAGACAGAAAUAUACUGGACUGACUGAACUUCCCCUCCUCCCCUAGGCACCACUUGCUCCUGCAGGCAGAUAGGCAGGCAGAACUUUUAUCCUGGGAUCUUUCCCACCCCAUGCCAGGGGAGGGGAGCCCUCCUGCAUGCACAGUGCCCCCUGUGCCAGGGGCAUGUGGGGGGCUUCCCUCCCUUUGGGCAUCCAGGCUUGCUGGUUGCUCAUAUGAUUCUAACAAGUAUUUGUAAAUGCAUGAAGCCUGGCCUUCUGCUUUUGCUGGAGUCACUCAGGAGUGGUCCGUGGAACCUCAGCUGAGGCUGCCAGCAGGGUGGGCAGUUUAGAGUUGUCUCAGCCUGGUGCUGGCUGCCCAUCUCUGCUGCCCAAGGCUCUUCUCAGCUCUGCUGCACCUCUGGCCACACUGGGGCCCCUAGGACCCUUUUGGGCCGGGCACCUGGGGCUGGGUGUGCAGCAGCCUCUAGGCACUCCAAGCUUGGUGGGUGCAGCAGACUCAGCCCCACACAGUGGGGAACUGUAACUGUGUUUUCAAGCAGGGAAAAGACACUGAAAUGAGCAGGAUUUUGAGUGGAUUGGUGCUGUGAGUCACUUCAGAUCAGUAUCCAUGGAAUUGGAAACUCAAACGUGCUCAAGUGGCUGCUGUGUGUUUGCUCCUAGAGAUGUUCCUGUACUAGAGAUGGUUGCAUCUUUGUGUUUAGUCUGUACAAUGUCGCAGAGGGUUGUGUUUUCUCUGUCAUACUCACACCUACACGUUCACUCAGGCCUAUUAAAUACCUGUACCAGUCUGUGCAGCUCCUUCAGUUUGUGCCGAGG